GUUUGGGUUGGUAACUUGGCUUUUGCAACUUCUAAAGAAGGUCUUCAACGUUACUUUGAAGAUUGUGGGGAAAUUACUCGUAUCAAGUGUCCAAAAGGGGAAGGUCGACAAAAACAGAACAAAGGAUUUGCCUAUGUGAUGUUCAAAGAAGAAGCAUCUAUUGAAAAAGCUAUCGCCAAAUCGGAACAGAAAUUGGAUGGUAGACCUUUAUUGAUUAAGAAUGCAAAAAACUUUGAACGCAAAGAUGGUAUCCAACCUCCUACUAAAGAAUCUAUUAAACAGAAGAAUCCUCCUUGUCCUACUUUGUUUUUGGGUAAUCUCGGAUUUGAUUGUACCAAGGAAGCCAUUCAAGAAUUAUUUGCUUGGGCUGGUGAUAUUAGACAAGUUCGUUUGGGAACUUUUCAAGAUAGUGGAAAAUGCAAAGGAUUUGGUUAUGUGGAUUAUGUGACAGUGGAAUCAGCAACCAAGGCCAUUCGUGCUCCUGAUAAACAUAUGAUGGGAACUCGAAAGAUUCGUGUGGAAUUCGCUAGUGAAGAAGCCCAUAGAAGA